AUUCGGCGAGGCAUGGACGACUCUGCCAAAGGCAAUGCCGCUGAAUCCAAAGAUGACCGGUCAUGGAGCAUCUUUGAUGUUCCACCACCAUUGAAAAGAAUCUUUGAUCAUUUCCCUCUACAGACGUAUCCAGUCGAUGAGCUGCCACAGCGCGUUCCGCGCGGAAGGACCGAUCAUGUUCUGCAUGUUUUCACGACCGAGAAUGAUGCGGCGCAUAACCGACCAUCGUUCAACCCGCAAUGUUUGAAGUAUCAAACAUAUCUAAGAUUUGCGGGCAUUCGGUUCCGCACUGUCGUCUCGAGCAACCACGCGUCGCCAACAGGAGUGCUCCCUUUCGUUCAACCCGGCUCCUCCAAUCCCGAUUGUCUCUCGCCCUCACAGCCAAUACCAAGCAACAAGCUCCGGAAAUGGGUCGAAGUUGCAGGAUCGUCAGAACAAUUGAAGGAGGAGGAUGACGUUCGAUACGAUGCGUAUACAUCUCUGUUGGAAGGCCGGAUACGGACGCUUUGGUUAUGCCAACUGUAUCUCGUCGCCCCCAAUGCGCCACUUGUGCGCCGACUUUACGUGAACCCAUGCUCUUCGCAACCGUUCGUCCGAACGGCGAUUGCACAGCAGCUUCAGGCGGCCGCAGAGACAGAGGUCAUCAAGGCACGCCAGAAAAAUGCAGUGUCGCUGUUGGACGUCUCGCGUGAUGCAGAGGAAGCAUUUCUAGCAUUCUCUUCUCUCCUCGGAGACGACUCAUGGUUCUUUGGAAAUGACAGGCCAGGCAUGUUUGACGCAAGCGUGUUUGCAUACACGCAUCUCCUCCUCGACGAGAAUCUGGGUUGGGUGCACAAUCCUGCCGGGGAAAUUGUGAAACGACACGAAAAUCUAGCUCGUCAUCGGGACCGGAUUCUCGAUAUGUACUUCUAACGCACAGUCACUUAUCCCUGUAAUUCUAGUUGGAUCGACGAAGAUUGUGUGGUGAGAGCAACACGCUUAACCCGGGAAUGAGCAAGAGAUGAAUGCGGGUCAGAAGCAUCAAACAUUCAGACAUUAUUGUGCUUUCCUUACGAUAAGAUGAUGCUAUCUUACAAGUCAUGCUCGAUGUACAGCAAGGCCAGUCAAACGUCGGUCAAUUCCACCACGGCAAGCUUCCGCAUUCCUCUGCACGAUGCAUUGCAACCGGAUCAGAUCGUGCUCAUGAGAUACAAAGCUCUCGCUGGAUUCCUUAGGAUCACCACUUUCCGCCACGCUCGUCCUGCAUGCCAAUGUUAUCGGGGGCCUCAGGGUGUGUCUUCUUCGCCUUCUCGUUCGCGCCUCCGCUGUCCCGCGCGGUGGCAUUACCGCCCGUGCCCUGUUGCUGGUUU